AUGGAUCAGCCGGCUCCAUCUCCAUCCUCCAUCCUCAACACCACCAAUCCAGCGCCGAAUGCAACUCCAUCGGCUCCUUCACCCACUUCCGAGCGGAAAUUCAAGCCUAGAAUCAAAAUGUCCAGCUUGGAGACCGUCCCAGAAAGCGACCCUCGAACUCGAUCUCAACGUACUUCGUCCUUGAUUGAUGUCGCAAAGCCCACGUCUUCAGCUCCCAACGAUAAAGAGCGCCCAUCUACCAAGCGAAACCAGUAUUUCCACGAUGCACUUCACGAGCUGUCUGGUGAGAAUUCAGCAGCUGAGGCGAUUGAAAGCGAGCACCACUUUCUCACCGCAUUCUCCCACCAUCUCGCCGCGAGAUACAACCGUUAUCCAUCCUCCAUCGUUGUAUCACUUCACGAUGGCCAGUGCCUCCUCUUUGGCGGCUCCUUGGAUCCUGCCUACACUCUCACCAUCACGGCCCUCGCCUCUGAAGUCCAGCCCGCCACCAACAAGCGCAAUGCCGCCGUUCUUCAGAAGCACCUGGAAGCCGUGCUCCGCAUUCCUCCUGCCAGAGGGAUGGUGCGCUUCAUCCCGGUGGUGGAAGAGUGUCUCGCGUGGGGGAGCAAGACUGUCGCGGGGAGGAUUUCAGAAGCGGUAGCUGGCGAUGGGGAUGGCGAGGGAGAAAGGAGCAAGGUGCAGGAGAGACGAAAACUAAAGGUUUGUGAUAUUGUUGUUGUUAUUACUCCAUUGCGUGCUCUCGUUGAAAAGAACCUUGCCGAUAAGCAACAUGUCUUCAAAUACACAACCUCCAACUCUUACUCGCGACCAAACUUCCUACACCGUCCAAGUCAAUCCCACCAUAACUUCAACUUCAACCUCAUCCUCAUCUUCUCACAAUACCACUGCAUGGGCUUUUGCUACAAAAACAAGCCCAAUUCCAUAUCUGGCAUAGCCGUCACUUUUACAAUCCAUCCCCUCUUCACAUUCAGCGUCAUUCCUUCUUUUCCCUCUCCGGCCAUGGCAGUCGCCUGCCCCAUCUGCAACAAGCCCGUCAAAUCAACAGACAUCAACGACCAUCUCGAUUCCGGCUGCACCAGCUUCAUCUUCGACUCUUCCUCGACUCCUCCUCUCUCAACCGCAACCCCUCAGAAUGGCGCCUCAACUGCCCCUCCACAAUCGCAGCCGCCGAAACGCAGUGCCUCAACCUUCUUCUCAACGCCCACGCCCAAACGGCAGAUAACCGAUCUCAAAUCCCAGGCGCCACUGUCCAGCAUGGUGUUUCCGCCGCUGGCCGGCAAGAAGAGAUCACACGGGGAUGGGCCUGGCGAGGGACAACCGCAGGAAGACAGACACAUGGAGGACAGGCACAUGGAAGACGUGGCGGCGGUCAACGGCCACGGCCACGGCGCAGACGAAGACGGACGGGUCAUCAAAAAGACAAAGACGUCUCGCGCGGCUCCCCUGGCCGAGAGAAUGCGGCCCAAGACGCUGGACGAGGUGUGCGGCCAGGACCUCGUCGGGCCCGAGGGCGUCUUGCGAUCCCUCAUCGAGUCCAACCGCGUGCCGUCCAUGAUCCUCUGGGGAGCGUCCGGCACGGGCAAAACCACAAUCGCCAGGUGCAUCGCCCACAUGGUCGGCAGCCGCUUCAUCGAGCUCAACGCCACCAGCUCGGGCGUGCAGGAGUGCAAAAAGCUCUUCCUGGAAGCCGCCAACGAGCUGCAGCUCACGGGCCGCAAGACAAUCAUCUUUUGCGACGAGAUCCACCGCUUCAACAAGGCCCAGCAGGACAUAUUCCUGCGCCCCGUCGAAGCCGGCACAAUCACCCUCAUUGGCGCCACCACCGAGAAUCCGUCGUUCAAAGUCGCCAAUGCGCUGCUCUCGCGAUGCCGCACGUUUACGCUGCAGUCGCUCAGCACCGACGACGUCGUGGCCAUCCUGAGGAGGGCUCGCCAGGCCGAGGAGUCGGUCUACCCGCCCUCGCCGCUCAUUGACGAUGAGAUGAUGGGCUACCUGGCACGCUUCAGCGACGGAGACGCCCGCACGGCGCUCAAUCUUCUCGAGUUGGCCCUGUCUCUCACUCUUCGCGAUGGCAUGACCAAGGAGGCUAUGAAGCAAUCCCUCACCAAGACGCUCGUCUACGACCGCGCCGGCGACCAGCAUUACGACACCAUAUCCGCCUUUCACAAGUCGGUCCGAGGCAACGACCCGGACGCUGCGCUGUACUACCUCGCCCGCAUGCUCCAAUCCGGCGAGGACCCCCUCUUCAUCGCCCGCCGCAUGGUUGUCAUCGCCUCCGAGGACGUCGGCCUGGCAGACAACGCCCUGCUGACCCUCGCCACGUCCACGUACACGGCCACGCAGCAGAUUGGGCUGCCCGAGGCCCGCAUCCCCCUGGCCCACUGCGCCGUUGCCCUCUGCCUCGCGCCCAAGAGCACCCGCGCAUACCGCGGCUUGAACAAUGCCUUUGCGGCCCUUCGCGAGCCCGGCGUGGCCAGCUUACCCGUGCCGCUGCACCUGAGAAAUGCCCCAACGAGGUUGAUGCGAGAUCUCGGCUGCGGGGCAGAGUACAAGUACCCGCCGAAUUACAAGGACGGCAAAGUCAAGCAAAUGUAUCUCCCGGAAGAGCUCACCGGCCGCAGGUUUCUCGAGGCGAGAGAUUUGGGGACCGAGGUCGAUCCUGAUUAUGAGGAGGAAAGCAUGAUUCUAUGA